AUGACCAGUGCCUGCUAUAUCGAAUUUUUGCUACUGGACUUUUGCAGUUUUAAACUAACACGCAAAAAUUAUUGGUGUCCCCCCAUUGAAGUGAAUAGAGCCUAUGAGAAAGACAAUGUUGGAAAUUGUUGGACUGUACUCCAGUGGCCUUCUUAUUUUGUCAACUCUAUAUUUCCCAAGUGGGAUGAAAGCUUUGUUGAGCUAAGUUUUAAGUUUCACAAGGGCAGUCAUAUAGCCUCCAUUUCCGUGGUAGAAGUACUGAGGGCCAUUGCGAGUCAAUCAGGUGGGGCUUGCAUGUCCUAUGUUAGGGCUAGGACAGGGCUUUAUCGAGUAAAUUGA